CUAACUUCGUUUUUCACGACCAUUACAAAGCGACAUAAAAAAACGUACAUCAAAAUUUGAAAGAUCCUGAGAUUGCGAGAAACUUCGAGAAACCGCCUCAGAAGAACCAAAACAAUCCACAGUACGAAUCUCACGGAAUAUUUGUGAUGUUUUAUCGCAGAAGGGGUCAAGAGGUCGAGUUUCUGUAAAUCCAAGUCGAUUCGUAAACAAUUCGAAAUCAACUUCAUACCGAGGCUUAAGUUUAUCCCAUGGCGGCUGCACUUGCAGGUGCAUCGCUGUCACUCCACAAAUCGACCCUGCCAAUUAACUUUCCUUCUCAGAAACUUAUCAGUUCAAAUAGACCACUGUAUUCUUUGCAGCAAGUGCGGCAUUCUUUUGACAGAAGCAGGGCUGAGCGUGCCUCUAUUUACUCACCGACACGCCGAUGGCAUUUACCACGCGGGGCACCCAGCGAAGUAGCAGAAACCGAGUCCAAUUUUGCAUCGCAGCCAACUGGAGUGGAAAGUAUUGAUGAUGAAGUUGAAGAAGGUGGCAGUGAAAUCUCAGAUGGUGCAGAUGUUGACCAAGCACCUAGGUCAGCUAUACAAGCAUUGCUGCACUCCUACAAAGAAGCUAUUGCUGUUAAUGAUGAAAACAGAAUUGCAGAUAUAGAAAAUCAGCUUCACUCUAUUGAAAAUGAGAGGGAUGCUUUGUUGAAACAAGUAGCAUCCUCAAGUGAAGAGCUAUUAGCUUAUAAGGAUAGAUUUCUUCGUUUGAAUGCAGACUUUGCCAAUUUCAGAAAAAGAUCAGAGAGAGAACGACUUUCUUUUGCAUCAGAAAUCAAAGGGGAAGUUAUUGAGAGUCUAUUGCCCAUGGUAGACAGUUUUGAAAGAGCUAAAAUGCAAAUCAAGAUAGAAACAGAAGGAGAGGAGAAGAUUGACAACAGCUACCAGAGUAUAUAUAAACAGUUUGUUCAAAUCAUGAGAGCUUUGGGUGUCUCCAUUGUUGAAACUGUUGGUCAUCGCUUUGACCCUACGCUUCAUGAAGCAAUUAUGCGUGAAGCAUCAACAGAGUUUGAAGAAGGAAUAAUAAUUGAGGAGUUCAGGCGGGGUUUCAAACUUGGAGAGAAGCUUUUGCGUCCUGCCAUGGUCAAAGUUUCAGCUGGACCACCUGCUGCCAAGUCUGUUGAAGCAUCAGCAGAAACAUCUGAGCAAUCUUUAGAGGGAGCUGGGACAGAUGAUUCAUCUUCUGAUAUAAGAAAUUUGUCUGCAGAGACAGCUGAGAAAUCUGAAGAAACCACUAAAGAACCCGAGAAACCCAUUUCAUCGGAAGCCCCAGUUGCUGAGUCAGUCCAAUAAUCAGAAUGCAUCUAUUUGUCAUUCUGAAUCUUCAAAUACUAGCAGCAAAAUGAGUUAUCAAAUAGUUACGGCCUUUUUUCUGCUACUUUAUAAUUUGAAACCCACCGAUUGGCUUAAUUUGUAAUAAAACAUGGACAGUUUUUUUCCUUAAAUUUAAGAAAGGACAUUAUCUAAGAGGUGACAUGCUUAAUUGAUUA